GGUAGCCUUGACAAACUUCACGUGCCCAUUUUGAGGUUAUAAACAAACAGAGCGCUUUCCACGCUCAUCUUCUUGACUGUCUCCCAGGCAGAAUGUCCAAGAUAUUUGAGUGUCCUGAGUGGGAUUGUGAGCCCAAGACAGUGGUGAACUAUAAUUUCAAGAAGAAUGUAAACAAAGUGAAGAAUGGAAGAGUUUCCAAGGCUCUCAAGUCAUCCAAGGGUAAGAAGAAGAGGAAGCACAUUCCGGAAGCUUCUCCAGAACCAUCAUGCAGUGAGCCAGGGCGAUUUGUGAAGCUUCACAAGGAGGAAUCGCCAAAGGCUGAAGUGGGACUGCGAGAGAGGCUGAUUGGGAGUCUCAAGGGUUCCCGCUUUCGCUUCAUCAACGAACAGCUGUACACCAGCCAAGGGAAGGACGCGCUGAAGAUCUUCGAGGAGGACACCACGGCCUUCAAGGUGUAUCACGAGGGUUACAGGCAGCAAGUCGAGCAGUGGCCACUGAAUCCACUCGAUGUGCUCAUUAAGGCCGUCCGGAAGAUGCCCAAAGACUACGUGAUUGGGGACUUUGGGUGCGGAGAGGCGAGACUGGCGAAGUCUGUGCCCAACAAAGUCUACUCGCUGGACUUGGUGGCGAACAAUGCGGACGUGCUGGCCUGCGACAUGGCGAACACACCGCUCAAGAGGAACUCCCUGAACGUCGUGGUCUUCUGCCUGUCGCUGAUGGGCACCAAUCUCAAGGACUUCCUCCUGGAGGCCAACAGAGUCCUCAAGAUGGGCGGCGUGCUGAAGAUUGCCGAGGUGCAGUCGAGAUUCUCGUCAGUGAAGGACUUCAUCAAGAGUGUGGAAAAGUGCGGCUUCAAGAUGCUGGACAAGGAUUUGCGGAAGAACUACUUCUACUUCAUGACCUUCAAGAAGAGCGCCAAUGUCAGCAAUUCCAGCCACUUGGAUAACUUCAGCCUGAAGCCGUGCUUGUACAAGAAGCGCUGAACUUUGUCCAAGAGACGCCAAAGUAAUGUAAUCAUUGCUUUAUUCAAUUAUUCUCUAGACUCUCUUGUAUAAUAAAUUGGUGGAUACAAGAUUUAAUCAAUUAUACAAGGCUGGGGGGGGGGAUAAAUAGGUGAAUAAUAGGAAAAAAAGAAUAAUAAUCCAAUUAAGUCACAUUCAAAAGAAUAAACAUAUAGAGAUUGUUGCCCUUGUAUAGGAAGUAAUAUUAUUUUGAUUUAUUAAAAUGCGUUAGCCUAAUUUUUCGCUCGAUUCCCUCUCUCCAAAAGUAAGUUUUAGUGAUAGUUCAGCUGCUGAAGGGAUGAUUUAGGUUCGUUUGUUUUCUUGUGCGUCA